GGGAGAGAGAGAGUGUGCUUGCUUGAUUGCGUGCUUGAGGGUUGUGCCCGCGGCUUUUGCGAGAGCUGGUGGUGCUGGUCCGGGUCGAUGCGGUCGAUGGUAUUGGUUGUUUUGACAGGGCCGGUGCUCGGCACCUCGUGCUUUUUCUUUUCCGCUUUCCUUGGUUGACACUCGGAGCGCGCCGGUGCGCGGGAGCCAGCGCUUUUUGGUUUCUGUUGGUGGUUUCGGUUGGGGGCCGAGGCUGCGCGAGCGUCAGGCUCAGGCUCAGGCUCGAGGCCAGACGAGACUACACGAGACCUGACGACGAGACGACGAGAGAGAGAGGGAGAGAGGAAGAGAGGGAGGCCGGGAAGUUGAAAGCAACGAAUAGGGUGGCGGGCUAGGCGGAGUUCGGAGCGGAGACGGACAGGGAAGUCGAGGGCAGGGCAGGGGCGGAGUUUGGGUGUUUUGUGGGGCUAAAGCGGAAGGGGAAAACCUGAUGGCGAAGGCAGCAGGAGGCCAGGACGAGAAGGGCUUCGUUCGAAAGAGCGGAACGGAGACGGAAACCCUAACACCAGGAAGGAGAUAGCGCACAGGUUGCUCGAGUGAGUCUGGGGUUGAUCGAAAGACCGAAGGCGGGAAGGAAGUGGUACCGGGACGACGGUAUGGUAGAGCUCGAAAUUGUUGGGAAUUUUUGCUAGCCGGGAUGGAACAUGUGGGGUGAGUGAGGUCUGUUGCGAUUGAGGGUCGGACUCUAGCUUUCGAGAUCAGGGUGUACAUCUACAUUCUAUUUAGAAAAAAUAAAUUCAUAGGGUUUCGAAGGCGCGUGGCCAGUGGUGAAGGUUACGUAGCAGAUGGCGUGCCAUUCCCGGGGUGAGUCUGGGGGUGCGGUGCCAUUCGAUGUCUCUCACUCGGCCAAGUUACAUUUGUCUGAUUCGGUUGCCGAGUGGAGGUCUCGGGAACAGCUGGAGCCAUCUCCGCCCUCUACAUCUCCUGCGUAUUGGGAUUCCGACGAGGAAGACGAUCUGAACCCUUCUUCGAUCAUUGGACCGAAGCCAUCCGAUCUGUACGGGAAAUUCACAUGGAAAAUUGAGAACUUUUCAGAGAUCAGUAAGCGUGAGCUUCGAAGCAAUGUUUUUGAAGUUGGUGGCUACAAAUGGUAUAUAUUGGUUUAUCCUCAAGGCUGUGAUGUGUGCAACCAUCUAUCUCUGUUCUUGUGUGUUGCAGAUUAUGACAAACUACUCCCUGGAUGGAGUCAUUUUGCCCAGUUCACUAUUGCCGUGGUUAAUAAGGAUCCAAAGAAGUCGAAAUAUUCAGAUACAUUGCACCGGUUUUGCAAGAAAGAGCAUGAUUGGGGAUGGAAGAAGUUUAUGGAACUUUCCAAAGUUCUGGAUGGUUUUACCGUCGCUGAUACUCUUGUUAUCAAAGCCCAAGUUCAAGUUAUUAGGGAGAAUCCUCAUCGUCCAUUCCGGUGCCUAGAUUGCCAAUACAGGAGGGAGCUUGUGCGAGUUUACCUCACAAAUGUCGAAGGAAUAUGUAGGCGCUUUGUGGAGGAAAAGAGAGAGAAAUUGGGGAAACUCAUAGAGGACACGCCAAGGUGGACUAGUUUCCGAGCCUUCUGGUCAGCUGUAGAGGAAGGUGCGCGUCGUCGAUUGGCAAGGGAGAAAACAGACGUCAUUUUGAAAGCUGUGGUCAAACGGUUUUUCAAUGAGAAGGAGGUUACGUCGACGCUUGUUAUGGAUGCUCUCUACAGUGGUUGCAAAGCACUUGACUAUAGAAGCAGGAACAAGAAAGGGAAGAUCAAUGGUGUCGAAAUGGAGGAAACCAUAAAUCCUGUUGUAUGGGUAGAAAAAGAUGCUUUCGUUCUCGCGGGGGAUGUUCUGACUCUUCUGGAACGAGCCGUUUCCGAGUCUCUACCACCUUACAAGGAUGAUAAAGGACCACAGAAUCGAACAAAGGAUGUUGGCUCUGGAGAUGACUUUGGAAAGGACUCUGUGGAGCGUGAUGAACGGAGGCUUACAGAACUGGGCAGGCGCACUGUGGAGAUGUUUGUUCUCGCCCACCUUUACACAAAUCGUGUUGAAGUGGCAUACAGGGAAGCUGUUGCAUUAAAAAGGCAAGAGGAGCUUAUAAGGGAGGAGGAAGCAGCAGGGCAGGCUGAAACCGAGUUGCGGGCCAAGCGAGAGGCAGCUGAGAAAGAGAAGCGAUCGAAGAAGAAGCAGGCGAAACAAAGACGCAAGGACCGUAAGGAAAAAGAUAAGGAGGCCGAGGAAAAGAAAGUCCGACUAGAACAAGAGCAGCGCCAGCGCCGAGAUAUAUCAAGCCGGAUAUCUAAGGAUCGGCUUCAUCAAGAGCGUGUGCUGUCACCCCUUGUCUCCACUGAGGCUGUAGAGGAUGAAGAUAACCAUCCUGGAUUAGAUCCAACAGAUGACGUUGUCGGUACUCUCGGACCAGCUACCGAAGAUGGUGACACUGAUCACGCAAGUUGGGAGAGGGAAGGUUCAUACGUUCCAAAUGGUAUGGAAGCUGGAUUUAGUGGAGCAAUGCUCGAGGAAGCCACAAGGAAUCGCCGGGGGAGUAGAAAGCAACAAAUGACAUUGGAUGAUAGUUCAUCCACUUGCUCAUCUGACUCAUUACCAUCUGUGCGAGCGAGCAUGAACGAGUCUUUUGUCUCGCGGCCAAUACUACCAGAGCAAAGUGUCCUUCCUAGGAGGGUAGGGAACAGAAUCGACAGUGACAAUUACGACAACGACGGGCAAUAUAUCGAAGCUGAUGGAAUGCUGCGUGCUGCGGGUCCGGACACCAACGGCCCUGGUGAACCCAGCAGUAGUAGUAGUUCAGUUGGUGUAGAUACGGAAACUGUCAUCCUUUCGUUGAAAGACCGUGUUCUGUGGUUGGAGCAACGUCUUUUCGAAAAGGAGGAGGAAGUCGUCCUGCUGCAGGAGCAGCUGAGUCUAUUCCAACACCAAAUGGGGCUUGAUCGACCAUCUGCAGUUGUUGCCGAGGCGAAUGAUCUCCUGCGAGGAGUUAGGUCUGUUGAUGAGUCAAGGGGUGAGACGUCCACUUCCUUCCCUCAGUCAGAUGCAGGAGACUGUUUAGAUCUGGAUAAGGGCAUCGCCAUGUUGGGACUCGGUAGGGUGAAUGGUCAUUUGGGUGCAUCAAAUGGAGUGGCUGCUUUUAGCAGCUCGUAUCAAUCAUCUGUUGGGAGAAGUGAGAAUGUUAACAGUAGUUAUGCAUCUGCUUCUCUCAAGCCGGAACCUCCGAAAAGCUCUAACGCUCCUUCUAGAAGCAGAAGUGUUGAUUCAUCUCGACCACCGAGGAUUCUUACACCUUCAAUCACAGGGUUUUCUAUGUCGGUAGUUCGGCCAAGUGGGGUGAUCGAGGAGAGUAGCUUACCGCACUCUAUUCCAUCAACGGGGGCAGCGAUGGGUGCGUCGAUUUCCAGACCGUCAAGUGCUCCUGGACUCGGGUCAGGAACUCGGCCCAGCAUACCUGUGGCUUCUUCUCCACACCCUGCUCAGCCCUUAGCACGAUCUAUGAGUGCUGGAACUGGACGGCUGGUUGCGGGUGGAGAGCCUUCCUCAGUUCCUACUAUGAACGGCGGGGCAACGCAAGCGACCCCUGUGACACCUUCGUAUAAAAACGCCACUAUUGGAAAAACUCGCAGUGUUCCAAUUGCAGGGAGUCCGACUCAUCCAAGUACUACCGUCCAAAACUCAACUAGUUCAGCUUCGACGUUUGGAUCAGGUGUCCCAGCUACCUCCAGUGUCAGCAAUAUUCCUUGCCAGAUUUUUGCGAAUAUAGUGGCAGCUCCGACCAGCAGUGCUGCUCUUUCGUCUUCUCCUCCACUGACACCCUCACCGAAAAUGCGGGCCUUACCUAAUCAACAUGCAACGUUGGUUUCGAAUGGUUCCAAACGAGAUGGUGGUUUGUUCAUUCCUCCAGUUUCUCCCUUACCCCAUUCCUCCGGGUCAGAAACAGGUUCUAUCAAUCAGAUUUCACGUGAGAACUCCGUUGGUGGCGGGAGCUCAAGCGGUCACACGUCGAUGGGCAUCACUUUCGGUACCGUGACACCCGAAUUAUUGCCCGAUGAUCAAUUAGAUCUGACAGCUGCAACUGAGCAUUCCCAGCAAGAAGAGCGUGAACACUAUCAGCGUUUCCAGCAGGAACAGCAGCAGCAAAGUUCACAAGUAAGCCUUUCGGGACAUUCUACUGCUCAACAUCGACUUCAUCACCAGCAUUUACAAGCUUCAUGCCCUGAUGUGAAUGGACGUGUAAGUAUGGCCUCGUUACGACAAACGUCGUCUUUGGAUCUUGCUGUGGAGAGCCUCCACAAUGGUUCAGUAUUGUCAGAGGAAUUCCCACAUCUGGAUAUCAUCAACGACCUACUGGACGAGGACCCAAAUUUUGGUAUGGCGCUGAAGAUCUUACAGCAUCCAGGUAGCUCAAGCUUCAAUCGGCCUCUUUCACUUUCUGGGCACAAUUCAUUGCACAAACUCAACUACGGGCAGCUUACCUCAGAUAGAUCAAAUGGAGUUGGGAUGGACGGAGGCGAUAGAAGUAGAGGUGGUGAUAGUAACGAUGACCGGCAAAGUAGCAACGGACUUCGAGACAAUGCACGAAUGGGUGGUCCUUUCCAACAUUCAUCAUUGGGGAGACUACAUAGCCAACAUGGUGGGGUCCUUGAUGGAGUAUCUCACUUUUGGCCUAUUGGGAGUAGCUCCAUGCCCACCGGUAACAAUAGUAGCAAUGGUCGCAGUGGUCUAGACCAACAUGUAGGUUACUCCCUUGUUCAAGGCCAUCACCAUUUGAACGUCCCAGACUGCCCUGGAUUUUCCUUAGGGCGCAACGGAUACACCGUCUAUACCCCCCAACAACAGCCUUGACAGAUCUUCCAUGGACAGGUUUGAAAUUUGGGUUACUGACGUCUUCUUAGAUCGAAAGCGUCGUCUCUUUAAGGAAAAGUCUAAACCCCUGUUUUCUUCCCUUCUAACUUAGGCGCCACGGAGCAUUUAGUGUGCAGGAUGGGGUUGACUCCCAGCCUUUUUGGGAUAUUAUGGCCAUCAGCUGGCAUCUGUGAUUAACGUAUGCUGAUCUCUUAAAAGAUGACUCGUCUUUGUUGUGAACUGAGGUGAAUGAUUGUUAGAGUCAUCAGAGUGCCGAGGUUGAUGCGAAGUGCCAAAGGCAUUACCUUUGGCGUGGUUGUUGUCACGGAUGCGGGGCUCUGACAGCAACAUCCCUUUUUUAUCCAUCGAUAUUCUUAAGCUGUCU